UACCGCUGCUUCUGCCGAGCUUUUCCUUUCGUGUUUUGGAAAAAUCGCGUACAUGAGCGCUACAUGAACCGAGUAAAAUGCACUACGAGUCUCUUACAUCCGUCUGAACCAAGGACUGAGCCUGAAGCGGACUUUUCCCAUCACAACCAGGUGUAACCCAGUGCAGACCCUGAUCGGGGCAGGAUGCCGGAGCAGAGCAAUGACUACCGCGUGGUGGUGUUUGGGGCAGGGGGAGUGGGGAAGAGCUCCCUGGUGCUUCGCUUUGUCAAAGGCACAUUCAGAGACACGUACAUCCCCACGGUGGAGGACACAUAUCGUCAGGUGAUCAGCUGUGAUAAGAGCGUGUGCACUCUGCAGAUCACAGACACCACCGGGAGCCACCAGUUUCCAGCCAUGCAGCGCCUCUCCAUCUCCAAGGGCCAUGCGUUCAUCCUGGUCUACUCCAUCACCAGCAGGCAGUCUUUGGAGGAGCUCAAGCCCAUCUACCAACAGAUCUUGGCCAUCAAGGGGAAUGUGGAGGCCAUCCCGAUCAUGCUGGUGGGCAACAAGAGUGACGAAACCCAGCGAGAAGUGGAGACCAAAGAUGGAGAAGCCCAGUCCAAACAGUGGAAGUGCGCGUUCAUGGAAACCUCGGCCAAAACCAACCACAACGUCACCGAAUUGUUCCAGGAGCUCCUCAACCUGGACAAGAAGAGGAAUAUGAGCCUCAACAUCGAUGGGAAGAGGUCCGGAAAGCAGUCCCGUGCCGAGAGACUGAAGGGGAAAUGCAGCGUUAUGUAAAAGUCAGUGAGAAGUUUACCAAGAUGGCCACGGGAUAGCAUCACCGCAAGCGUUUUCAUUUGACUCAAGAAGGAGCUAGCUGUCUGUUUGAAGUAAAUGGAAGAUAUUUAGCCAUCCAGAACCAAAAUUUUCCAUCCACCUACGUACUUUGAGCUGACAAAUUAAAAGGAAAUCACUGUUAACAACCAUGGAAAACCGUCAAACAUUAUAACGUAUUUAAAUUCGAAAUAGUCUCUAACAUCUCGCACAAGCCAGUCAUUAUAAACCUUUUUAAUUAGAUUUAUAAGAAGGGGCUGUCUGGUUGAUAUUUAGCCAUUCAAAAUUAAUCUCUUUCAUCCACCCACCUAUCUACUUUAACUGACAAAUUAGCCGCGGAAAGAGAAAAUUUGUGUGGAAAAACAUGGGAAACCAUCAACUCCAAAGCAUUUUAAUUUGACAUUGCAAUUUUGUUUGUCGCCUACCUAACUUGUUUUAAAGCUGCUUCGUGUAAUUUUUUUGGCUGGGGGUCCAUUACCUGCUUGUUUCUAUGGAUAUGUCACUCCUUUGCCUGGAAUGUUCCGCAGUAUGACAUUAAAUAGCUCUACUUUACAUUUAUUACAUUACAGGUGUUUUUUUAGCUAAAAAAUACUGAGAAAAACAGGCAUUCUGACUGUAAGCGGGAUUGCCUCUCCACAGAUCUGACCUGUAACUUGGUCUGGUUUGGUCUCCAUGACAAUAGAAAGGUUUAAUGCCAUACUGUGAAACUCCAGACAAAGCAAUAACGUCACAGAGAAAAGAAUUUGACCCUCCACCAGAAAAGUUACACAACAUUUCGGACAACCAAUGGAUAACAUAAGACAAGCAUUAUAAAGCAUUUUAAUUUGACAAAAGAAGGAGCUGUCUAGAUGUAAAUGUAAUAUAUUUAGAACUGAUGUUUUUCACCAUCCAUCUACGUACUUUGGGGUUGACAAAUGAGCUCAACGAAGAGGAAAUUUUAGCUGGAAAAUCACAAGAAAGCAUCAGUCAAAGAUUAUAAAGCAUUUUAAUUUGACAUAAGUAGGACUUCUCUGGAAAUUCAAAAACAUCUGUCAUCUUAUUUUUUUCAUAUAUAUAUUUUAAAACAUUGCCUCCAAAAGGGAAAGUUGGUAAUUUUGCUCAACCAAUCUAUCAAUCACGAAUAAUUGUAAUUUGACUGGAGGAAGAACUGGAGGAGGAUCAGCCUUUCAAAAUGUCUACUUUUUUCUCCAGACACCCACUUACCUAUUUUGAGCUGACAAAUUAGCUCAGAAAAGUAGAAAUUUGUCCUCAAAGCAUUGGAUAUCAUCACUCAACCAUUAUAAAGAACUUUAAUUUGACAUUUCAGAGCUAGAAGGCUGAAGCAAGCGGAAGAAAUUCAGUCAUUAACAUAUUUUUAGUCUUCAUCUACGUAAACAAAAGCCAGGCUAACCAGCUAAGUACACCGACGCAUUCACGAUCGAAGUUUAAAAAGAAAACUGUCGAAUCGGUCACGCUAGAAUGCUUUUGAACUCACUGCUUUGAGAAGGCCAAGCUGGACCCGCAAGUCAACUGGAUGGCGUUGUAAAUAGAAGUAUCUACAGUAUACAUAACAAGGCAUAGUUCUUCAUACAACACCCAUAUGCUCCAACUACUACUACUACAAGAGACUCAUCCAUCUUUGUUUAACUUGUAUCUCUGCUUCAUAGAAAUCUUAUUUAAAAGUGGAGAAAUAUUCCGCGGCAGGGCGUGUACACACACACAACGCAACAAUCCUUUUAAGACUCAAUAGAUGUAGAAUAUGUAACAUUGUGGGAUUUCCGCCUGCCUUGAAAUUGUACUGUACUUGGAUAAUCAUUACCAAGAACCAGGGACGAAAGCUGAGAAUGUCAUUUGGCACUUUGAAGGUGUUUUAUUUUUGCCUUUUUAAUUAUUUUUUACGUUUUAAAGACAGAAAAUAAUCCUACUGAGAAGCACACGAGCAUGGACGGUAUAAAUACUACGAUUUUGUUGCUUUUACUCAAUGUUUUUGUAUUUGAUUUUCAGGAAAAUGUCAAUCACACUGCGGAAAUAAUAUCUAUCAUGGGUUGAAAUGACUUGAAUUUUGAAUCUUAAAGGUGCAUUAUGUAACUUUACAGGCUGGGGGUCUGUUACCAUGGAGAUGUUAUUGCUUUGUCUGUAAUGUUCCACAGUAUACUAUUCAAUUAUGGGUGUUUUUAUUGUUUAAAAAUACCUUUAAAAACCUGCAUUCUUAUUGUGAGUGAGGUCACCUCUUCACAGAUCUCAUGCGUAAAUUGGCCUGGUGGUGUCUCCUGCUUGUUUCUAUGGAGAGUUUUAAAAGUUUUAUGCCAUACUUUGGAAUAUUUGAGGAAAAGCAAGAGCAUCUCUAUGGAGACAAGUAACUGGUAACUUCUACCAGAAAAGUUAAACAGUGCACCUUUGAACUUGAUUUUAAUAGUUUUGACUGAGUAAUAUUUUACUUACAUUAUUUGUUUCUUAUCAUUUAUCCCAGUUUCAAGAUAAUUUAGUGUGAAAUAAGAAGCUAUGUAUUGUAACCACUGAAAAACAUCUCGCUUGACAAGUCGAGACUACGCAAAUUCAGUUUCAAAAAUCAAAAUCACGUCAUUUAAUUCAUCUAGAUAAUAUUUUUUGCAGUGCACUGAUACUCAAAUGCACACGAGAAUUCAUGCAAAAAUCCACAAAUCGACUUACUGGCUAACGCGGCCUCUUCACAAAAUGCCCUCACAUUGCACUUUAAUACUAUUUAAACAAACACGUAACACGCAUCAUUGCAAUUCGCCAUGUUGUUUGCCUAUAUAUUGUGUUUUAAUGGUCUCCGCUUCUAACACUAUAAACAAGUCCACCUGGAGCAUUCAUCCGAAGUGCUUACAUAAAUCUAUUGUUUGAAGCUUUUGUACAGGACAGCCAAAAGCACAAUACUUUUACAGACAUAUCUAAUGUUUUGUUAGCUUUGAGUUCUGUCUUCCUGGUAAAUUUGUUUUUCCACGUUUCGCCAUUAUGUCCUCAAACACAGAGGAACCAAUCACACGGCAAUUAUAGAUGUAGAAUUGUUGGUAGUUUUACAGUGUCCAAUUUCAAUGUUUUUUUUGUUGCUAAAUGGCACAAUAAGGUUGUGGUUCUGCUGAACAACAGGGUAUUGUGACCGGUAGCUGUGGUUUUGCAAAAUGAUCGCGAAUUGACGUCUUUCAAUUGCCCUGAUUAUAGACCUGAAUUAAAGGCGCUGUACCUGAUUUACUGUCUUAAAAAUGUGACAAAUAGAAGAGUUUUAAUGUGUUUGUAGUGGUCCAUAGUUAUAACUCACUUAUCUUAUGCAUCCUAAUUAUUAUUAUAAAUUGCCUAUGACACAUUAGACCACUUGUUGUACUAAAACACAGAUUAUACUUAAGAGUUCACAAAAAUUUUACUAUUUCUUUUCAGUUACGAGGGAAUUCUAUAACAGUUUCCUAGCAACCAUUAGUAUACUGGGCCAAAACACCCCUGAUAUACACAGAAAUUAUUAUUAGGCAAUUAAAAUGAUAAGAAAGCACCUUUAUUUUGUUGAAAUCAUGUUUAAAAUAUCAGAAAAAAGUUGUUUCUUAAGUGUAAUUUGUGCAACGUUUGGAUAGAAUUCUCCCCAGUGCGAGGCCGUAUAGGAAUCUGUAAAAUACUUUCUACUUCCUAUAUUUUUCAAUAACUUUCUCAACUUUUCUUCACCAACUGCUUCUUGAUUGGUGUAAAACUAUAAUUUAUAUUUACAACAGGUUUCAUCCCACCAAAAAAAUAAAUUCUUUUAAUAAAAAAUUAAAAAAUGAGAAUCAUCAAAACCAUCAUGCACUUUAAUUGUAUGAGUUUAGCACUUUUCGUAGAUCCCAGACACCGGAGCAGACUCGCACAACCUAACAACAACUAGCAUGCUAAAGUGCACUUCCUGAUUUUCUGACAACAUAUUACAAUUAGACAGCACACAGCUAUCAUAUUUUGACCCCAAGAGCUGCUUAAAUGCAAUAUAGCUGGGGAAAAAUACAUUUUGCUCAAAGACAUGGGACAAAAUCUGGUACAGGACCUUUUAACAACGUAAGCUGCAUGCACAUUUAAGGAAAUUAUAUAACCAAACUGCAAAUUUGGUUAGGUGAAUAAGUUAGAAAUCAAAACAUGUGUGAAUGAGUUGGUUUUGGCAUCAGAAAUGCAAUGUUAAGUAUAGAAAGCAAUAGUGAAUUUUGUGUAAAUCAGCCACAAAAUGUUAAAUAUAAAUCCAUAGAAUACCAAAUGAGCCACCAAACUUUCUACAGUGGCCUAUUAUUAAACUAAAGGUUAAAUUGCUCCAAAAUUACCAGGUUUCUCAACAGAAAUAGACAAUCUCUUAAUCAGAUAGCAUACAUUACAGUAAUAGUAAGUACUUUGCCUUAACAACUACAAGUGUUAUUUUUAACUCACUUCAUUUAGUCACAUCCAAAACAACCACCAAUUCCGUAGUCUGAAACCUAUGAUUUUGUUUUCGUUCUCAAAAUGAAGGAAAAAGACUACAAUUUUCAUCAAAGUGUGCACGCAGUUUUAAACAGAAAAGGUCUAUUUGAUGAAAACUGUUUUUGAUGAAUUCCCUCUCCAUCCCUCAGGCUUUUUUAACCAUAGUUUCAAAGCGGAUCAUCCAGUCCUGUACAGAUAAGCCCAAAGACAAAGUGAAGCCCCUUUUAACUGUCUAUCUCUGGAAAACUAAAGAAGCACAGUAAAGACUCUUCCUUGUUUCUCUGUUUAAAUCAUGUGCAGCAGAAUCUACAACUGGCACUUUAGGGGGACAUUUUAUCUGAGGUCUUAUUUACCAGCAACGCCUCAUUUUUACACUGCAAAAAUAUACACUGAAAGACUUAAAGGUGUACUAUGUAACUUCUCUGGUGUAUCCAUGGAGAUGUUAAUGUUUUGUUCAUUUAAUGUCUGAAAUGCUCCACAGUGUAUGCCUGUGGACUUUCCUAUCUUGCAUUAUUCAGUUGUUUUUAUUGACACAAAAUAGCCGGGAAAAAUUCUUAUGCUAAGUGGGGUCGCCUCUCGACAGAUCUGACCUGUAACUUGGACUUGUGUGACAUUCUGACCUGCUUAUCUCCAUGGAAAAAGAUAAGUUUAAUGACAUACUUUGGAAUAUUCAAGGCAAAGUUAUAACAUCUCAAAGAAGUUACCAGAAAAGUUACCUUUAAAAUAUUUUGAGUUUGGGUUUGUUUACUUGAUGAACAUAGAUUAUUUGAUUAAUUUCAGUUAAUUUCACAUUUCCAAUUUACAGCUACACCCCAAAAUCUAAUAUCCUGGACAGAAAUUUCAUGAAUGAGUUGAGAUUUUACUUCAAAAUCUGAGAAAUUAAGAUUAAAAUGUACCCAAAUGUUGUGUAAUAUGUAAAUGGAACUUACCUUAUUGAUUUAUUUUACUUAUUUCAAAUCAGAAAUAUCAUAAUGUAGGACCUAUUCAUAAAUAAUGUAGUAUUUUUUGCAGUGUAGAACUAUGCUGCUAAUAAGCACCACGUGAAAUGCCCCUUUCCUCCUCCCCACCCAUGUACUUAUACUGUAAAUACACAUAUUAUAGUCCAAUGUUUAUACCUUCAAUUAAGAUGUUACCCCAUGUAAAAAUACAUUGUCAUUUGUUAACAAGAAUCUAGGGGGUUUUGGUGUUGCUAUUAACUGUAAUAUAUUACUGAAACUAUAUUCACAGACAAUACUAGCAAAAUGUGAACCAUGUAACGACCCAACUUUUAUUUUGAAAACCCGAAUGAUUCUCAGUGUGUUGUUCUUUGCACUACUGUGAGGUCCUGUAAAACUCAAAAAAUCACAUUGUAACAGUACCCUUUACUACUAUAGAUGCCAGGGAUAUUCAUUACUUUGUGUGUACUAUACUUUAUACUACAAUACUGGGUUGAUCUUUGAGGUUGAUUGCUGUUCUGUCAUGAUCAACGCUGGCUCAAAAACAGUUGGGAUGCUGUGUGAGAUGUAAUUUUUGUAUAUACGUUAUAAAAAACCUUCACUCACACUAUUUUGGGGUGUUUAUCAUUUCAAGGGCCCAUAUUACUAUUUUCUAAUUUAUGUUGUAAUGUUAUUUUCUCAUCAAAAACUUACCUGGAGUUUCAUUUGCACGUUUAACACAAAUCCGAGUUCUUUUCUCAGACUCUGUCCGCUUUGUGUUAAGACAGAAAGUGUUCAACUGUGUUUUUAAACUCCAUACACUUUCACUAAAGUCAUUUGGAUAAUUUCAGCCCUGGAACUGCCAAUCUCUACUGAACUAAAAGUAAAAGGUAGCUGUUAACUUGAAAACUACCUCUUCAUGAAAUGUUUGCGAUGAGGAAAAAACAUUAUAACAGAUCAGAAAACAGCGUAAUAUGGGCCCUUUAAGUGAGAGAAUCCUAUCUUGUUUUAUAUAGAUUAUCAGAUCGUAUUUAUUCACAUUUUACACAGCAUCCCCACUUCUUUUUCCGGGUUGUGGUUCUGCUUUACCUGGGUUGAUAAAGGACUUCUAGCUUGAAGGGUUUACGCUGUGAAGCUUAUCUACUGCAGUGGCCGAACGCAGUCUGCAUAAAGAUCAGUUGGCUCCACGGCGAGAGGGUGCCAGAUCGGACGCGCAUGUUGGUGCAAUCUGCUGUUGUCGUCGCCACGGUGACGUCCAUAAAGCAAAUGCGUAACAUGAUGGAAAUGAUAUACGGAGGAAAAAU